AUGAAGGCGUACUUUGCCUUUACGUGACCCCGCGAGCUGUAGACUGCGGCCGUCUCCCGCCGCCGCCAUCUGCCCAUCUCAUGCGGCCAGCGCCGGCGCUCGCCGCCGGCGUUGCGAACCUUCUCUCCGCCACGGAGUGGAUGCUUCCUUCUCCGGCCACCCAAGUCCACACCAUCUCCGUCCGCCCCUCCCACUCGCUGCCGUCCCCUCCUCACCACCUCGCCUUCUCCAACCUCACCACCGCGCCUAAGCGCCACGGAGGUAAGGGGGAAGAGGAGGGGAGCCCAAGGUUCGAGGUGGUGCGCGACGACCUCCUCCACCCGCUCGCCAAUGGCAACAAGGCCCGCAAGCUCGACGCCCUCCUGCCGCUCCUGCGCCGCCGUGGCGCUACUGACGUUGUGACAUGUGGGGGUUGCCAGAGCGCCCAUGCUGCGGCCACUGCGGUCCACUGUGCUGAGUGGGGAAUGAGGCCACACAUACUCUUGAGAGGUGAACAGCCAGAUGUCCCGACAGGCUACAAUCUGAUCUCUUUGAUGUUCGGCAAUGUGACAUAUGUGUCUCGGUCAGUGUAUGCACACAGAGAUGAAAUGCUUUACGACCAUGCCAGAAAAGUUGCAGGUACAGGUGGUACAGUGUUAUGGGCUGAUGAUAUUGGCAGAGAGGAUUUUGUUUUAGAUGAAGACAAUUGUGAAAUUGGUUCGAGAAGAGUUGUUAUUAUUAAGGAAGGGGCUGGUAAUGUCCAAGCAUUGCUAGGUGUUAUUCGGCUAGUGGAAUACCUUUACAAUCUGUCGUCAUUUCAGAAACAUGAGAAUGUUCAUGUCGUGGUAGAUGCUGGGACAGGCACAACGGCUGUGGGGUUAGCUCUUGGAGCGGUAUGUCUAGGAUUGCCUUGGAGAGUAACUGCUGUCAUGCUUGCUGACACACUUGAAAGAUAUAAAGAACGAGAGAAGGCUUUAAUAUCUGACUUUAAGAAGCUUUGCCAUAACUGCCAUGAAAUGGUGGGAGAAAAUGAUAUUGGUGACAAUUUAGUUGAAUGGGUGGAACGAUUUUCACCAAGAAGAUUUGGCAAGGUGCUGAACGGUGAAAUUGCAUUAUGCCGCCAGAUUGCGCAGCAAACUGGUGUCCUGCUGGAUCCAAUGUACACCUUAGCUGGUUGGGAGCAAGCUGUGGAUCUGUGCGUUGGAGACAGUAAAACCAAAGUGGUGAUGAUCCAUACGGGCGGUACCCUUGGCCUAUGCGGAUUGGCGCAGCGGUACUCACAGCACUUCUCCGCGGAUGACUAUAAGUCCAGCGUCAAGUGCCCAUGGUUCAUCAGAAGUUCAGAACCAGUUUUAUUUGCUAGACAACCACACGCGGGGCGGCGGAGGGGGUCUAUGGCCGCCGAGGGGGCUGGGGCGAGCGAACCGCCGGCUGAGACGGCGGCCGCGACGUUCCGGCGGGUGUACGACACCCUCAAGGCCGAGCUUCUCCAGGACCCGUCAUUCGACUUCAACGACGACGCCGUCCAGUGGAUCGAGAGCAUGCUGGACUACAACGUGCUUGGUGGAAAACUGAACCGUGGCUUAGCUGUUGUUGACAGCUACAAAUUACUGAAAGCUGCGGGCAAAACUGAACCGAGCGAGGAGGAAUUGUUUCUUGCAUGCAUCCUUGGUUGGGGCAUUGAAUGGCUUCAGGCCUAUUUCCUGGUUCUUGAUGAUAUUAUGGAUAACUCACAAACUCGACGAGGAAAACCCUGCUGGUUUAGGCUUCCCAAGGUCGGCCUCAUAGCUAUAAAUGAUGGACUCGUUCUUCGCAGCCAAAUUUCAAGGAUGUUUAGGCGCUAUUUUUUUGGGAAAAGUUACUAUGUUGAUCUGCUAGAUUUAUUCAACGAGGUUGAGUUUCAGACAACUUCAGGCCAGUUAUUGGAUCAAAUUACAACAAAUGAAGGAAGGAAAAAUCUGAACAAGUAUAAUGUACAUGUAUAUAGGCGCAUUGUGGAAUACAAGACAGCUUACUAUUCAUUUUAUCUUCCGGUUGCCUGUGCACUGCUGUUUUUUGGGGAGAGAUUGGACGAUUAUGUUCAAGUGAAGCACAUCCUAGUUGAAAUGGGUGUCUACUUUCAAAGCCAGGACGAUUAUUUAGACUGUUUUGGUGAACCAGAAGUUAUUGGCAAGAUUGGAAGUGACAUUGAAGAGUUCAAGUGUUCUUGGUUAUUUGUUCAAGCACUCGAGCGUGCUGAUGAGAAGCAAAAAAAAGUCUUGUUUGAAAAUUACGGGAAGUCAGAUCCUGCUUGUGUUGCCAAAGUGAAGGAUCUAUAUAACGAACUUGAUCUCCAGCGGGUGUUUUCUGAGUAUGAAAAGGAGAGCUAUGGAAGCCUGAUCUCAGCCAUUGAAGCGCAACCGAAAGAAGCAGUACGAGAAGUUUUAAAAUCUUUUCUGCACAGGAUCUACAAGAGGAGUAAGUAGAACACGGCUGGCACAGAGGAGCUUGCCUUAUUCAUCGAGUUCAGCUGAUCUCGACGAAAUUCCUAAAUCUUCAACAUUGUCUCAAUCAUGGCUCACCUUGCUCUGCGAGGAGAUGAACCCGAUAAAAUUUUUAGCUGGUUUGCCCCUGGGCUGGUAUCUUGGCAUGCGAAGGUGUCUAGCAUAGGUUCGAGUCUGAUUAGUUUCUAGCUUAUGGAACUUUGCUACGAGGAACGCGUUGAAACAUAGUUU